UGCCAAAUGAACCGAGUCAGACAGAGGGUUUGUCUCGCAUUCAGAAGAACUGAAUGGCACCUAGAUUAAGCGCAGAAUCACCCCGCAAAAUGGCGCCAAUUCUACCAAGCUCACUGCAUAACAUCUUCAAGAAUCUCUGUACUCUUGCAGGUCUUUCGAACCAACUACGAUGUAACGCCACGAGAAAAACGCAAUUUCAAAAGGAAAGACGAGGCGAUGUGAUAGAUUCGCCACCCGGCCCAGCCUUGAAUCGGCAAACUUGACUCCACCACCAUGUCCGCGACCACGUUUAUACCCUUGCAGAACAAAGCCGUGAGGGAUGCCAGCCGGGGAUUAAGCUCAGAUCUUUCGGUAGCAGCGGCAAUACAAGAAUGGCCGGAUCGACGUGAAGCUUCAUUAGCGGAGCUGUGUGCAUGUUACUGACUGGGAUUAAGAUGUAGAUGAGCUUAAAGCAUACCAUAGCAAUCUAGGGGUAUGAGGAUCCGCAAUGGAAUAUAAACAAGCCUUGCCGACCAGUGCUGCAUGUGGUUCUGGUCAGGUCACACAUCCAAUCCAGCUCGACAACCACAAGCAAGCGAAAAUGCCAUCUUUCCGGACCUUCGCUGCUACGGUAUUGCCGGUCGUUGCUCAGGCAUUGACUCUAGACGACAUCUGCACGACAGAGUUCACUACAGCUGCCCUACCUGCUGUCGGUUUCUAUCCAGGAAUCACAAUCGAUGCGACAUCGGUGUCAACCGAGGCUACUUACAAUGUCACAGUCGAGUCCGAAUGGUAUCCCACGUCGACCAUAAAUUAUUGCAAUGUCACUUUCGCCUACUCCCACGAUGCCAUCGAGGGAGAUCUGGUUCAUGUCAGCUAUUGGCUACCAGCGCCUGACCAGUUCAAUAACCGGUAUGUUUCGACAGGCGGCGGCGGUCUAGCUAUCAACUCCCAAUCGCAGUUCAUUCCCACCGGCAUCAUUGUCGGCGCUGUUUCAGGCAUCACCGAUGGCGGCUUCGGUGAUUUUAAUACACAGUGGGAUGCUGCCUUCCUUGAGUCUAACGGCACGAUCAACUGGGAGGCAACCUACAUGUUUGGGUUUCAAGCACACCACGAACUUGCGACACUCGGCAAGCAAUUCACCAAGAACUUGUACGAUGUCAAAUCUUGCACCAAGCUUUUCGCGUACUACCAAGGCUGUUCAGAGGGCGGCCGUGAAGGCUGGAGUCAGGCUCAACGUUAUGCCGAGCAAUUCGAUGGGUACGCCAUUGGUGCCCCGGCCUUCCGCUAUGGUCAACAACAGGUCAACCAUUUGACCAGUAACGUCAUUGAGCAGACACUCAACUAUUACCCUCCCACCUGCGAAUUGGACAAGAUUGUCAACUUGACUAUUGCUGCUUGCGACACUUUAGACGGAAAGGCGGAUGGGGUAAUCUCGCGUUCAGAUCUGUGCAAGCUUACUUUCGACGUCAACAGCACCAUCGGCGAGGCUUACACAUGUGAGGCUUCAGCCGGAAACCCCAUUUUUGGUCAGCCUACAACACCAGCUCAAUCUGGGGUAGUCACUGCAGAGGGUGCAGCUGUUGCAAGUGCUAUUCUUGCCGGCCUUCACGACUCGGAAGGACGCUUCGUCUAUCUCAGCUAUCAACCCGGUGCCACGUUUGAAGAUGCCGCAACAGCCUAUAAUGAGACCACUGACUCCUGGGGUCUUAGCAUCAGCGGCCUAGGAGGCGAGUGGGUGGCAAAAUUCCUCGAGCUACGAAACGUUUCUACACUUGAAUCCCUCGAUGGGUACACGUACGAUACUCUAAAGGACUUGAUGAUUGAGGGUUACGACAGGUACUAUGAUGUUUUGCAGACAACGUACACCAACAUUAGCAGCUUGGAUACUGCUGGCACAAAAAUUCUGCAUAUUCAUGGUGAACAGGACAAUUCAAUUCCCACUGGCUCGUCGGUUCGGUACUACGACUCCGUUCGUACUGCACUCUACCCCAGCUUGGGAUACAACGAGAGCACCGAGGCUCUCGACGACUUCUAUCGUCUGUUCUUGGUUCCGGGUGGUGCUCACUGCGGCGCAAACAGCUUUCAGCCUAACGGUGGCUGGCCGCAAACUACGCUGCAGACCAUCAUUGACUGGGUUGAGAAGGGGAUUGCCCCCGACACUUUGGCAAACGCCGGUACUACCGUUGAUUCCAUUUGCAAGUGGCCAAUGCGACCUCUUUGGGAUGCUGAGGGAACUUUGACGUGCGAGUACGAUCAAGCUUCGAUUGACUCAUGGACGUAUGACUUUAACGCAUACGAUUUCUACUUGGAUUAGAAAACCGGAAAUAAGAGCUUCACUGAUGUAGCACAUUUGUUCUCAUUUCUUUAACAGAG